GAACUGGAAGUGUAGAAGAACUGCAUGCAGUAGAUCCUGGGAGAAGAUUCGUCAUGUCAAUCAAAAGAUAGCAUUUUUACAUUCUUUAAAGUUCACGUAACGUCUCAUUGUAUGUACGGACUUUUUUGUGACAAAUUACGCUAUUUUUCUGUUUUAUACCUUACACGUUAUCAGCAAAGAUCGACGUUAAAGCUGGGCAACGCAUCUUACCUUUGAAGUUUUAAAAUUGUGUUCUCAUCACAACGGGGGCCGAACAAUCAACUAUGUCCGUCUCUCAGAUGGAAAAGAACUUAUUUAAUUUAAAGUUUGCAGUGAAGGAGUUGGAAAGAAACUCAAAGAAAUGCGAGAAGGAAGAGAAAAUAGAGAAGACGAAGAUCAAGAAGGCGAUACAAAAGGGUAACAUGGAGGGCGCUCGUAUUCAUGCAGAAAAUGCAAUUCGACAGAAGAAUCAGGCCUUGAAUUAUCUCAGAAUGAGCGCUAGAGUGGAUGCAGUAGCUAGUAGAGUGCAAACUGCAUUGACGACUCGCAAAGUUACUCAAUCCAUGGCUGGUGUAGUCAAAGCUAUGGACGCUGCUAUGAAAUCAAUGAACUUAGAGAAGAUCUCUGGUCUUAUGGACAAAUUUGAGAGCCAGUUUGAGGAUCUAGAUGUGCAAAGUUCAUACAUGGAGAAUGCUAUGUCACAAACCACGACUACUAAUGUACCCCAGAAUGAUGUAGAUUCUCUAAUGCAGCAAGUUGCAGACGAAGCUGGAUUGGAAUUGAACAUGGAACUCCCAUCAGGUCAACUAGGCAGUAUUGGUACUUCAACAGCAGUAAGCCAAGAGCAAGAUGAAUUAACACAGAGAUUAGCACGACUUAGGGAAUAAUG